CGGCAACGUUGGCUUCCUCGCGCAAUUGUACCAAUGGGCGUUUACGCUGCUCGUGCCCGCGUCCUUGCUCGGCCAGGAGAACGAGCUCGGGCCGGGUUGUGCCAUGUACACGCUACUCAUUGCGUGCCUCCCACUUGGCUACGGCUUUGCCGUCCCGGCGCUGCGCCACCGGUUACGGAAGCAUCAAGGCGAGGCGCCGAAUUAUGCGAGCCCGUUCUACAACAGCAUAAAAAACCGGACGAUUUUCGGCCUGUUGGCGCCGUUCCGAGCCACAGCCGACGUGCAUCCGAUCGAAGCGACGACCCCGCGCGUUCUUGAGCGUGGGGGGGCUAUCUACUCGCUCUUUGAGACCAAUUCGCGGUACAAAAACUGCCCGACCAUCAGCCUUCGAAGCGCCGACUGCUUCCUCCUCUGCUACCACAACGACACGCUCGUGUCCAAGAUACGCCUGAGUCUUCUCUGCAGCCUCGACUGCAACGCUGCGACACCAGAGCUCGCAGUCGAGAACGCCGGGGGCAAAGCCACUUCCAUUGCCAACGAGAUCACCCUUGAUUCGAGUGGCCGACCGAGUAUGCGUCGGCCCGCAGAAGCUUCCCCAUGGUGCAUUUGAGUGGCCGACGAUGUACGACAGUUGACACUACUGGUGCUAAAAUUAGUGCUCUCAUGCUAUGUUUAUAAAGCGAUCAC